CUGGUGUGACACGCAGCCGUCAAGCAAUGGCAGUCGCAAAAUGCAUUGCUGCUUGCCGUUGCGGCCGUGCUUGGAAACCAACCUAGAGAGUUGGAAGUCUGUGGAAAAGAAUGGGUUAUGAUAUUGAGCGUUUUGUUGGCUAUGUUAAUGAAGGACUUUUAUGCUGUAUAUGCCGAGAUGUAUUAGAAGAUCCCUUACAGGCUCCUUGUGAACAUGCUUUCUGUACUGCCUGUAUACAUGGAUGGCUUGUUCAUCACAAUAAUUGCCCUGAAGACAGACAAGCACUUGAUAUGUCUGUGCUACGACCUCUCUACAGAUACAUGAAAAAUGAUCUAAAUCGACUUCAGCUUCAUUGCAAAAACGGAGAGCAUGGUUGUGAAAUGGUUUGUUCUCUAGAAUCUAUAGACAGACAUGAGAGAGAAUGUGAAUACAGCCAGAUACCCUGCUCAAAUGCUGGUUGUCCAGUUCAGAUUGAACGACGUAACUUAGAUAGCCAUUUGGCGGUGUGUGAAUACCGGAGCCGUGAAUGCCCUAAUGGUUGUGGUUAUACCAUUUUCAGGGCAGAAGACACGCAGCAUAAUUGUGUAGCAGAGCUAAGAACAGAACUAGAACUGCUCCGGUCAGAAAUGAUCUGCAGAGUGGAGGAGGCAAAGCAUGAAAUGGAGUCCAGAUUAGAUUCACAGAGAAGGCAUAUGGUGCAAAAAGAGAGUCUUCUGCAAAAUGAAAUUGAAGAACUAAAGAGUCAGAUGUCACGAAUGAUGUCUGAAGUGCGCUCCCUUAUGGCUGCAGAGAGACAGCAUCGUCAAGAGCUGGAGCAAGCAGAGCUUGAAAAGCGUGAAUUAAUGGAGCUGCUGAAAGGCCUACAGAAAGACUGCCGAUUAAAUAAUACAGAAGGAAACAAGAAAUCAACAAACUUUCGCCCUCUAACACGACUGGAGAGUGUGAAACGAAAACCCAGGGAAGUUACAGUCAUCUAAACAAAAGUAUGAUAAAAGCUACUUGAAUGUUGUUUUACCCACAACAGACCUCAAUUUUAUACAAAGGACAUAUGAUCAGGUGGACUUCUAUAUUGAUACUAAAAUCUGGAACUAUACAAUGGCAAUAAUAGACCCACGGAUCUUGAAUCAUGGGGUUUCUUACAUUUGAGGACUGCAGGACACUUUGCCAUAUUUGAGCUCUCCAAAUUUCUAGACAGUUAGACCCUAAGCAUGUGGGUGAAACCCACCAGCCAGACAUCUGAAAUAUAUGCAUGAUGAAAGAGAGCCCCAUGAUGUUACAAGGGUUUAUGUAAGUCUCCAUGCCUGGUCUGAUUAUUUUUUUCCCCUACUGAACUUAAUACUAACAACAUACUGAAAGAAACAAGUAGAUUGUUAGUAAGUGCAGUAAAUCUGUCUUGGAAGCAGAAUUAGCACUUAGUGAUUAAGACCUGAGGAUAUCACUAAUCUCUCUCAAAUAUUUUAUUAAUUUAGUACAUUGUAGUUUCACUUAAUCCAGCUAACCCAAUAACUUAAAUUGAGUCAGCACAUCUUUCAAGACACAGCCCUCUCUGACUCUUGCACCAUCAAUUCCCAUUCACCCUUGCAGCUCAGUUUUUUUCAUAGAAGCAUACAGUUUCUAUGGAGCAAGUAGUGAGCCAGACUAGAUUGCUGUUGCUGCAUAUAAUUGCUUUCUUUAUUGAAAUGUAGCAGUAGAAUAGUGUUCAAUGAGUGCCUGUUGGUUUCAAUUACCCUUCUGAAUGCAAGACUUUCAGGAGAACCCUACAUCUGCUUUUUAACUGAGUUUCAAUGUACCAGUUUGCUUGUAAGCGUCCAUGUAAUUUUAGUUAGGCUGAUUCUAAUAUUAAGUUAAAUUUUCAUCUCAAUCAUUAUUGUUCAUGUGUGUUAGCAGAUGGUUAGCUUAACAUCCCAAUUGCAUGGCAAAUUUAUUUUCCUUAUUAGUAGCGGACAAGUGAAUUAUGUAGCCAGGUAACGUAUGCAAUUAUUGUAAAAAUUUUAGUUGCAAAAUUAUUGUAUUUUUUACAUCUUAAACAUUCUUAGGUGCUUUAAGAAGUUUUUUUUAAAAGGGGCCCUCAGACAGUGAACAGGUCCUGGAAUACACUAAAAUAAGAAUCCUUGUGAAAUUUGCUACACUCUUCCCCUGGGAUGUGGUUUUGAUAGUGCUUCUCUACAGAUUAUUUGUUAAGAGUCCUGGAUAACUUAUGGAGAAUGGCGCCAGCAUUUUCCUUUCUCAUGAACAUCUUUUGGAUAGACCCAUACAGUUUAUCCUUGGUAUGUAGGGGGGGGUCUUUUGCAGUUUUCUCAUAUUGACAGAUGCCUUUCUAAAUACCUUUAAGUCUAUGCAACUUUUAUAUGAACAAACGAACUUUAAAAUGUCUUCCAGCCACAUCGUUCAUUGCCAAGCUGAAAUUAGAUUUUUUUCCCCCCAUUUAAUAAAAAAUGGGAAAUGGGCUCAAAAGUGGCAUUUGGGGGCUAAAUGUCAUAUUGUGUCUAGAAGAGAGCUAACAGGUAGCUUGUAACCAUUUGAUUUGCACUUUGUAUAAAAGUUGAGCUACUCAAGUGUUCAUAAAAGUAGUUAUUCA